CCCUCGAGGACACAAAGAAUCCUGACAUCACUGAAUUGGCACACUUCUCUCGAGGAUGAUCGAGAUUUCAGGCAUAUUCGCAUUGCUGCUGAUUCCCUGGGCAGCCGCCCAGUACACAACAGUCGUCCUGAGCCAGGGAACACUCGUGGGCAUCAAGGUGUUUCCGGAGUCCUCGAGAGUGCCCGUGUACGCCUUCCUGGGCAUUCCAUACGCCAAACCGCCAGCCGAUGAGCUACGAUUUGCGCCGCCGGCGCCGCAUCCGGGCUGGAAUGGCACGCUCCUAGCGCGUGACUUCCAGCCCAUUUGUCCGCAGCUGGAGCGUAGUCCUCUCGAGGAGGUCAGCGACUACAACCCUCUGGCGUCCGCCACCAGCGAAGAUUGUCUCUUCCUCAACGUCUGGACACCAGAAACGGGCUUCCGCUAUGGAAACAUACCCGUGGUAGUCAUCAUAACAGGAGAAGAUCACGCCUUUGACUACCUCAGGCAUCGUCCAACAGGACUCGAUUUGGCUUCGGAAGGAAUUGUUGUGGUGUCAGUCCAGUAUCGCACGAAUAUCUUCGGCUGGCUCAGUCUUCAGCACGAAUUGGCGCCUGGAAACUUGGGACUUCUCGAUCAGAAUUUGGCGCUGCUUUGGGUACAGCGCAACAUCCAUCAAUUUGGCGGCGAUCCUAAGAGAAUCACUCUUCUGGGCCACGGAAACACAGGCGCUGCAAAUGCUAUGAUUCACCUCACAAGCUCUAAAUCGCGAGAUCUCUUCUCCAGGCUUAUCGUCAUGUCGGGCACAAUUUUCUCCUCCUACUCGUAUCAACUGCAGGAUCCUGAGCGACUAGACUUGACGCCCUCCGAACAGAUCGUUCAAAUUCUGGCGUGCGACUCUACGGAGAUUCGCUAUAUCCUCACGUGCCUGCGCAGGAAGAGCGUUGGAGAUCUUCUGAGGGCGUUCGAAAUGAUUUACCAAAUGGGAAACUACACGAAACUCCUUGGGCCCGUGCUGGACAGGCGAUUCCACAUGGAUGACUCGCGGAAGUUGAUCGCAUCGGGGACUUAUCUUAUGGACAUUCCCAUCCUCACGGGCAUUUGCAACAACGAAGGCGCAUUUCUCAGGGAUUCGUGGAUUGAGUUCGGCAAACAAGGCUCGCGCCAAUUGAAGAAGUUCAUUGACGACACAAUCAUCCCCAAUAUUCUUGAGCAUUAUGCCUUCGACAGUUCAGGUCAGGGCCAAAUCCGAGAGACGAUUGACUGGAGAUUCUUCGAUCAGACGCCAAAGACGAACAGUGUUCCGUACUUGAUUGAUGCCUUGCAGAAAUUGGUGUCGGAGACGAAAUACGAAACGCCCUUCUUCGAGACAAUCGAGCUGAUAUCUGGCGGAAUCGUGGCCAAGAAUUACAGUGGUAAGUCCGUGCGGAAAAAGAGCAAUCUCUUCGUGUAUUCCUUCCAGCAGCCUUAUUCAAUUGACAUGAGAGGACGAGUAAAUUACUUCGGCGGCGCCUCUCACACGUCGGAUUUGCCAUUCCUCCUGGGGCCAAGCUUGUUGCAACAAAUCGGCCGUCGUCGCUUGUCGCAGUCCGAAGAUAAGCUCUGCAAGAAGCUGAGACAGUUCUUCGGAGACUUCAUCAAAUCCGGGAAUCCUACCCCGGGAAGACUUUUCGAUGCUUGGAAGCCUUACACGAGGGACGCGAAGUACAUCAAAGUGCUCUCAUCCAAGGCAGAUACGCUCGCACUCCAGGAUGACCUCUCGCAGUCCGGCGUGGAGAAGAACAUUGUCAUGAUUGAGCACAUCUUCUCCAAUAGUAGACCUGAUGUGAGCAGCGUUCCGCAGAAUCCCUACCAACUGAGCACAAAUCUGCCCAGCGGUAGGGCUGUGACCACGCGCGGUCAGAGCGAUGAGUAUAUCAACGACAUCGUUAACUUGCAGUACUUUAGCGAGCUGAGUAAAGUGCACUCCUUCUGGAGCAAACUGCUGCCGCGCAUCCACCAGAACGCCCAUCUCAGCGAUCAGCUGCUGAACGGACGCCAGGACAUGUCCGGCAUCCAGUUUUUUGAGAGCGCCAGCAGCAGCAAGUACAAGCACGCCUUUUUCUCCAUGCUCACGCUCGUGUGCCUCCUACUAACCGUUCUGUGCGUGUGCGUGUACAUUCUGAAGCGCAACACAAGGAACUUCGGACGUCGCUUCAAGAGAUCCACCCAGGCCACGAAGACUGAAGAUGCCGCUCAAUCACCCGCCGCCGAAGCUCCAGCGCCCAGCCAGCCCACAAAUCUCGAUGCCGAGUCAUACGCACUCGACGAGAGCAUUGAAGUGCGCAACUGGAGAUAUCAUCUCACCAACAAUCGCUUCUAA